AUGGCGGCGACAGUUUCGGCCCCCCCCCUGAAGGGAAUUAAAGUUUUGGAGUUUGCUGGUCUUGCCCCUGGUCCCUAUGCAGGCCUUAUCCUCGCUGAUGCAGGCGCGUCAGUCCUCAGGGUCGAUAGGCCUCCCUCGACCAACUCUAAAGGUGAAAUGUCAAUUCCCGAUGUGCUCGCCCGCAAUAAGUCCUCCAUCAUCGUCGACUUAAAGAACCCUCGCGGCAUAGCACUCAUCAAGCGCCUCGCAAAGCACGUCGACGUCCUCAUUGACCCAUUCCGGCCCGGCGUGAUGGAGAAAUUGGGUCUAGGUCCAGAUGAGCUGCUCGCCAUCAAUCCGCGCCUUAUAUACGGCCGCAUGACUGGAUUCCGCCGCGACGGCAAAUACGCCGACAUGGCCGGCCACGACAUCAAUUAUCUGGCCGCAUCUGGCGUACUCGCUCUGCUUGGAAGAUCAGGCGAAAAGCCCCUCGCUCCAUGGAACAUUCUCGCCGACUUUGCGGGCGGAGGCGCCACACUUGCCCAAGGCGUGCUCCUCGCCAUCAUAUCGCGAUUCUCCACUGGAAAAGGCCAAGUCGUCGAAGCCAACAUGGUAGACGGCAGUUCCCAUCUCGCAUCCUUCCCUCGCAUGUACCUCAAGACUCCCCUGGGUGACCAACCGCGAGGCAAAAAUGUCCUUGACGGCGGCCGUCCCUGGUAUGAUACCUACGAGACAUCUGACGGCGAAUACAUGUCUGUCGGCGCUCUCGAGCCUCAGUUCUUCCAAGCUCUCAUCAAGGGCCUCGGCCUGGAAGGCCAAGGUUGGGAAUCCAAGCGUCACGAUCCCUCUUCUUGGCCACAACUCCACGACACCUUCACCAAGAUAUUCAAGAGCAAGACACGCUCGCAGUGGGAGGCUGUUUUCGACGGUACAGAUGCAUGCUGCGUGCCCGUGCUGUCCUACGGUGAGUUGGAGGCACAGCCCGAUAGGGAAGGCGACCAGAGGCCGGCGGUAACACUGAGAGAUACACCGUUGUACUCGCCCGCUGAUGCAGAGGGGAAGGGGUAUGUGGCCGAGCCUUUGGCCCUUGGCCAAGGGACAGAAGAAGUUUUGCAGGAAUGGGUUGGGUGGAAGAAUGGAGAUCAAUACGAGCUGGAGAAGGGAGCUGCUGUGCUCAGGGAUAAGGGAGGAAAUUCCAAGCUAUGA